UUUCACUUGGGGCAGUUCAUCAAAUUAGGUCUCUUCAUAAUUACAAUGAGCCUAGUGUGGAUCUUCGCCACGCUGGUGGUGUCAGUGCUCGCUGAAGUACAGCUGGAAGAACGAGGAUACCUGAAGCUGCCCAUUAACGAUAAUGGAGACUUCCAGUUUGGAACAGAGUCUGCAACAGAAAGUGACCUUGACCCGCUAACACAAACUCUGUACGUUGUUGGCCACGAGACGUCGAUGGUACACGUGGUGGACAUGAUCAACCUCAACGCGCCCAAUUUGAGAAUCUCCCAGACCUUCACCGGCUCGUUUGGAAAACCUCUGGACGUUCAGGUCUGCAGAACGUCAUCAGCGCACGCGUUCAUUGCCAUUGCAUUUGAAGGAGUGUACAACAUAGCAGAAAAUGGUCAUGUGUUCAUCUACCCUCUUGGAUCUGGAAUAAGAACAGAAUUCAAUGAUCUCACUGGUGUUUCCAGAGAAACCGUGGGCGCUCACCCUGACAACAUCCAGUGGACGUCAGACUGCUCGCGGCUGGUGGUGUCGAACGAGGGGAUCCCGUACGUGAGCGGAAACACGUUCGUCGACAAGCCCGGCGAGGUGUACGUCCUCGAGGUGGAUAAUGACGGCACCGUCCAGUCGCGCACAAAGAUCGGCUUCAUCAGAUACGACGACCAGACACAGCUUGAUGGUUUGUUGGCUGAUGGAUUCAGAUACACAAUACGUAACAACCCUUACGACACAUCACAAACUAUUUUAAUUUCUCAAAAUAUUGAACCUGAGUAUAUCGCAAUUAACAAAGAUAACACUGUGGCCUACAUCACUCUACAGGAAAACAACGCCCUGGCUCGGAUAAACCUUGACGGGACGCCAUCUUUGAUUGACAUCAAAGGACUUCAGCUGAAGGACUGGAGUCACCACGCUGUUAGCAUUGACGCUAGUGACCAAGAUAAUGCUAGAGGAACAAACAUGACUCGUAGGAAGAUCAAGAGCUACUACCAACCCGACAAGGUAAUGCUCAUGGACUGGCAGGGAUCCUCUUUCCUCGUUACUACUGACGAAGGGAAGAAGUUGGACAUUGCCGCAUGUACACAGGCGGGAUGUUCAGACAACGUUCGAGCCGGUGACGUCACAGAUUGGAAUGUCAACGAUGCAGACCUUGAGGCUCAAUUGUCGGACCCAGCUCAGCUUGGACGGCUGUUUGUUGAAUCUCGGAGUAAGGACGAAGUGCGAGCGUUCGGUGGGCGUGGUUUCUCUAUCUUGGACUUGGCUGAGCGGCGAGUGUACGAGAGCGGCGACGACAUCGAGGCCUACAGCCGCAGACAGCCGCAAACCUUCAACGCCGCCUGCAGUGGAAACGGAACUGUGACGCCUGAAAGCGAGGCUGACGUAACGUCGGCGGAAUAUGGACCUGAAUUAAACAGUGUUGUGAUUGGCAAAUGGGACACAGAUACAUUUAUGUUUUUCGGCGCCGGUCAGAGUGGUAAAAUCUACGUGUUUGCCCUGAAUCCCCUGGUGACCGCGCGGCCACUCCCUAUUUUCCAGCACAAGAUACGACGAAUGCCCGACCCCACCCGAACGUGGGAUGACCUUCACGCUAAUAGUUUAGCUGGAGAUGCUGGAAUCGUUGACCUCAAGUUCGACCAAGACCGCCAUGCGUUGUUCGUAUUGUCGGCAAAAUCCAGCAGUGUCUCUUGCUACGAGAUGGUCGACCAAAACAGCAAUGUGGUCAGGGAGAUGUGAUACCAGUCUAUCGCGUGUUCACCGUGAACUUGUUUGUGAGAAAAGACACCCCUACCUCCUCUCUUAACAGGAUUAAACGAUGUUUUAUAACUA